GCGCCCAAACCCAAAUCGGCGACGAUGAAGGGCAAGCGCCCGAGUGCCCCGAACCUGCAACAACGCGGCUCGGCGUGCAUAUGGAUGAAGCCGAAGGCAGGCCGGCUGAAGCUCAACUUCGACGGCUCGUCCAAGUCCACGAGCGCGAGCAUCGGCGGCGUGGUCCGGGACCACAAUGGCAACUUCGUGCUGGGCUACGCGGAGAGCAUCGGCAAGGCGACGAGCUCCGUGGCGGAGCUGGCCGCGCUCCGGCGCGUGCUCGAGCUAGCGCUGGAGAACGGGUGGCGGGACAUCUGUGUCGAGGGUGAUUUCAAGACCGCCGUGGAUGACAUCACGAGCGGCGCGCGUGUCCGGGCGACCAAGGAUCUGGAGCAGAUCAAGAAGAUAGCCGAGAUGCUCCCGCGGAUCGGCAAGGCGUCCGUGUCGCACGUGCCCCGGAGGGGCAACAGUGUCGCUGACGGCUUCGCCGAGCUCGGGCACAUGGGGGCGUCGCGGCGGCGGUUGUGGCGCGAAGUCCCGCCGAACGAGGUGCUGGUACGCCUUCGCCGAGAUGCCAAGGGAGAAAAGAAGAAGAAGAAGAAGAAGAAGAAGAAGAAGAAGGAGAAGAGGUCAGAUGCCAAGGGACAUAGCUGAUCGGGCGCGUAUGGGGCUGAUAUUGAUUGCAGGAGUUCUGCCAUUCCUGCAAAUGUUCGGAAAUUUAGGGGGAUAUUCGGAGCCCCACCGAAAAUUGCAGGAGUUUCCUCAAGACUGAUCAGCCGAAGCCGGAAGGUUUCAGUU